AUGUCCAAUCCGUCGUUUGGAGGCCCAAGAGAUCGUCCAAGUAAGUUAUUGCGAAUUGUCUCUUUGAAUAUCAGAGCUCUCUUUGUCUUGCUAACUCAAUAGCGGAUGUUUAGCGCUGGCUUGGCAAUUCAAGUUUAUAUAGUUUGACGUAGUAAUUUUUGUAUAGCUGGACAUAUUUACUUUGCAUUUCAACUCAUACGAGGGGUAAUGUUAUUCGGAGUGGCGCGCGCGUUGAAAAUUCGCCGCUGUGAGCAAAACGACAAGCGAUGUAAUCAUUUGGAGUAAAAUGAACAAUAUAGGCUUAAUCCGACGCAGAUAAUACGGUUUCGAUAAAAUUACUCCGUGAAAGAUUUUCGGUUAUCACGAUAUGUACAAGCAAAAUCGCUAACAUUUCUUUUGUCUUAUCUGUUAACAAGAAUUUUCAAAUGUGAUCGUUUCAACGUUUUGUUUUGAAAAUUCGAUUUGCCGGAGGAUUUCCUCAGGCAAAUCUCCUCUGAUAUUAUGAUUAAAAGCUUAAAUUAAAAUUUGGCAAAGCUGCGCUCUAUUGAAUCGUUUUUGACCCAGUUCAUAUUGUUGUAUGUCUUUGCAAGUGACCAAAUUUUGUGAAUACUGUAGAUGGGUGCAUGCUAUGAUGCUAUCGGGCUAAAUGCACUAAACUAAAGGCAUGACUUGUUAAGGUUUAUAAGUACUGUAUACAUUAAUUAGUAACUCUGCAAGCGCAAGCUCACACAGUGCCCUAUUGUUUUCACUUCAUUUAUAAACCAAAUAACAUUGUAGGGAAUUCGGCCCAUAGCAACAAAAUCAUUAUAACUCUGGAUAACAGAUUUGAGUAAAUUAAACGCAAACAUAAGAACUGUAGAUGGUCUCUUUUUUUACCUUUUUUCAGAGCAGAACUGUGAACAUGCAUGCAGGUUUUGCAAAGUAAGAACCGCUUAAAAACCAAAUUGACAACUGCUUAGCAAUUUCUACACUGUAGAACUGAUCUUUUAUAGCACAUUUGUGGUGUGUAAAAUAACAAAAAAUUAAAAUGACCUCACACCGAUGUUUAAUGAACUAAUGAAAUCAAAAUUGAUAUGUAGCCGUAGAACAUGUAGUAUGUAUUAAUAGUUUGUAUAGUAUAGUUUUAUGGCCCAUUAAAUUCACAUUCAAAGUCACCUUUACCAAAAAAAAACACACCUCAUUGAAGUUCUAUAGUGACUUGGACUGUGGUGUUCUUCAAGCCCUGGCACAGGAAGAGGAAUUCAAAAUUGCUUUGCAAUAAAUAUUGUUCAUUAAUAGGAUCUAUGUGACAGAGAAUGACCAGGCUCACAAUAUUGUUUCAGUGGGUUGAUCAUCUGUCAAAACCUUGGCUUUUAGUACAAUGUAGCUUCAAGGGUAAAACAAUGCUACAUUAGAAUCAGAAAAUAUUGCUAGAAACGUGCGAGUAAGUGAUGACAAUGAGACCAAUGAUAAUGAUGAUGAGAAAGAUACUGUAAAAUAAUUCCGAAAGUAAGCCCUGGGGCUUAUAUUUUUCAAAGACCCUUUUUUGGGGUUUAUUUUUGGAGGGGCUUAUACUUGGAGGGGCUUAUCUACGGAGGGAAAUUUGCGUUUCAAAAUCAAUUGGGCUAGCCUUAUAUUUGGAAGUAAUUAAUAUAAAUUACCAUUUUUGCUUUGUUUUACUUUAUAUUUGAGGGCAAUUUUCCAAGUGCAAGACCCUGGGGGGCUUAUAUUUGGAGGGGCGAUUUAAUGGAGGGUUUCUUGCAUUACGGGUUUGGGGGACUUAUAUUUGGAGGGGCUUACACAUGGAGGGGCUUAUUUUCAGAAUUUUACAGUAUUUAGUUUUAUUAGAUAUACUAGUUAUAUGCAAAUUUUGUCAAUUUUAAAAUAGAAUACGUACUAUUAUGAAUUGUAUUAUGAAAAAGUUCUAACUUCCUUUGCUAAUACAGUCCAUUAAAUGUAUGAUAUUAGCCAGGUUACAUGAUAUCAAAGUACAGUAGAUUAACAGAUUCAAAAUUCAUACCAACUCCAAAGAUUACAUGUAUUUUAUUGUAAUCCUAAGUGUGAGAAUUUUUUAAAGUUCACUCCCCCCACUGCAAAAUGAAAGUCCUGAACUGCAGAAGGUAAACUUAGGAAAGAUGUAGCCCUAAGGGUAUCAUCUUCACUAGAGCUUAGCACCUGCUAAGCUUCUUUGAUUUUCCCACGAAAGCAAUAUAAUCUUUCAAACUCUUUGAACUUCAAAUUUAAUAUACAUUAUGGUCUGCUUAAUAAAGGGGACAUGUUACAUGUUUAUGGCCUACAUUUCAACAGCUGUGCCACUCCCAGAGACAACAUUGUUGUUAUGGAGUCAUGCAAUGAAGCUUUCACUUUUAACAUUGAAUAAAGAUAAUGUGAACUCCGGAAAUACAAAUUUAAGUGAAGAGAAGAUUUUCACAGUGGUAAUUGCAAUUUAAGCACUUGCAAAUUAACCCACCCACCCCCCCCCCCACCACACUCCACGAUCAUCUUUUUUUUUAUUCAAUCAUACAAUACACGAAUUUCUUUGUAAUAUAAAAAAUAAAUAAGGAAAGCAGUAAAAUAACAAUGAAUAUAAAAUAUGAUUUUUCCCAUGGAUUAGUUCAAAUUUAAACAACCAAAAUUCACCCCCCCCCCCCCCCCCCCACCUCAAACUUUCAGGACUUCAACAGGAUUGAACCCAUGGCCUCUGCAUUAGCACUAUUUUUCGGGGUCAAUUUGCAAUUGCUUACAUUGUAAAUUGCAACAAUUGCAAUUUACAAUGUAAGCAGUUGCAGAGGCCAUGAGUUUGGAUCCCAUUAAAGUCCUGAAAUUUUUUUCAAGUUAAUUUGCAAUUGCUUAAAUUGCAGUUACCACUGCAACGAUCUUAUCUUCAUUUAAACCUUUACCAUUGUAGACAAAAUCCCAUGAAAAUUUCACUUUUAGUCCUGUGAUCGUGACUGUUUGAACGAAACCACCUUGGUAUUAUUUUCAGAUCAGAUCAUUAAUUUUAUAUUUCAGUUCUUUGCAAAAUAUUGAAUCUAACAUGUAUUUCAAAUGUUAUUUUAUGACCAAUCUCACAGCAAGUUAACUGGCAUGGUCAUAGUCAUACUCAUAGACUGGGCAUAGUCUUGACUUUUUCUUUUCCUUUCUUCUCCUUCCCUCUUCUUUGCUUUUCUUGCCUUAUUUUUUUUCUGUUGUGAAGAAAACACUUGAGUGGUUAUCAUCUAUAACUGGUGUAGUUAUAAUAGUAAAUUCUGACCCUAGUGGCCAUAGUGCCUCCAGUAGCUUAGUAGUUAGAGCAUCUGAAAUAGGAAUCAGAGGGUCAUGAGUUUGAUUCUCACCUCCCUUACAGAAAUUCAGAAUAUUUAUUAAAGUGUACUUUGGAAGACAUUUAAAAGUAUACUUCAUUUGUGCUUUAAAUAUACUCAAAGUAUACUGACCAAAAGUAUACUUAAAGUACUAAAUUGUUGGGCACUGAAAAAGUAUACUUGAAGUAUACUUUACAGGAAGUAUCUUAAAGUGUACUUCAAAAAUGUAUACUUGAAGUAUACUUGAUGCAAACUUCACUGUACUUCAAACAGUAAUUUCAUUAUUAACAUUUCUGGAACUUGGAAUUUUUUCUGAGCUUUCUGGUGUAAGAAUUCUCCUUAAUCUUCCAAAUUACAGUAUAGCGUACAGUCUUGGUCUUGUAUGCUGCUGUUCAGCCGAUUUCGAGCAAGUCCUCAAUACAGUCCUUUAUGACUGGUGUAGUUAUAAUUAAAUUCUGACUCUGCUGGCCAUAUAUAUAGAGCCUACAUGCACAGCAGCUCAGUGGUUUGACCAUCUGAACUAGAACUUGGAGGGUCGUGAGUUUGAUUCUCACGUGGAGCUCAGAAUUUUUUCUGAGCUUUCUGAUACAUGUAUUAAUAAGAAUUCUCCUUCUUCCAAAUUAUUUUUCUACCAGGAGGUUCCGUCUGUAAACCCCUCAUGCAGACAACAACUGCUGGGAGAGUGAUGUUAAUUCAUCAACUUGUGCUGAAAGGUGAUUUGCAAGAAUUGAAGAAGGAGAUAGCUAAAGAUAUAGGUAAGGGCUAGUUCAUGUCAUACCUCUGUCAUUAAAUUGAUAAAGCUUUCUUACAUAGACAGUUUUCAUUGUACGCUGUAUUCUGAUUUUGUUAAAAACAUGGCAUUUGUUGGCUGUUGAGAUAGGUGUCUGACAUAUGUACAAUCAUGUUCUUUAAUCACCUGAAACAGUGUUGAAUAAUUGACAGCCAGGUUAUUUAUUCAAUGAAAAAGAAUAGAAGUACAGUACUGAGGAUAUGAAAUUGGAUGAAAAAUACACGUAAUCAUCAUUUAUUCAAUGAAAAAGAAUAGAAGUACAGUACUGGGGAUAUGAAAUUGGAUGAAAAAUACAUGUAAUUAUCAAUUAACAUGUUCUUAAUCACUAUUUGAUUAAUGAUGUUUAUUGCAGAUCUUUUAGAAGGCCGGAACAGUCAGGGUAUGACCCCAUUGUUUCAGUCUGUCAGUUGCAAUAACUUAGAGUGUGUUCAGUUCCUUGUUACAUCAGGGGCAAAUAUUGAUACACGUGAUGAUGUUGGAAGAACUCCGGUGGCAUUGGCAGCUUAUCAGGUACAGUCCAACAUUGUUUUGUGCCCUUAAGAUUAGCGUAGUAUGUAAUUCAAUUACGUAUUUGUUAGUUACAUGUACUGGUUAUCACCUCAUUAUGUGAACUUACAGCUGUAAUGUACAAUGUACCUGGUAUUAGUUUAACCACUAGCCUAAUGGUGACUAUAUGGAGGUCAUUUUGAGUACAUUGGGCUGUAAAAUCUUGGUUGUGACACAUGGUGGUCAUAUUAACAGGGUCUUCAAAAAUUAAUAAUAAAAGGACUCAGUGUUUUUUUACGUAUGAUUCAAAACAGUAUGGUUGUAAUAAUGAGGUGGUUUUAGUUUCACUGUACUACAAAUAGUGUUGUAAUUAUUUUUGCACCUUGAAGCAAGGAAAACUUGUAUGGUAGUGUUUCACUCAGGUCACAUAAGCUAGUGUUUAACACAAAGGUAAUGCAAGAGAAAAAUAACUUAGCACUAUGAGAUUUUUAUUGGGACAAAACAACCUGACAGUUUUAAGCAGGUACAUUGCAUAUGUGAAGAAGGGUUUUAUGUUGAAAUGUACUUUUUAAUUAACUAAUUCAUAUACAGUUUCAGUUAUGAUUAUAUAUUCAUUUUAUUUUUAAAUGUGAAGUACCUGCAAAGUAGCUAGUGUAUUUUUCACAAAUAGUAAGCAUAUUUUCGCAAUAAACUUGACUUGACUUGACUGUGUGGAGCUGAUUGCAUUGGGUACGGAAAAAAAAUUAUUUUGUAAGAGGUCACAUCAUGUAAAAAGUGCAUGUAAGCUACUGCUAUUUCCCUCUCCCCCCCUACCCCCACCCCAUAGCACAUAUACAUCUUUGAUCUCAACAACGGCAGAUACAUGUGCACAUGUGUAUUUCUGAGGUCUGCAUAUAUUUCCAAAGCAAAAGAGCCUUAUGUUUAUUGGAGUUCUAUUUUAGAUUUUGUGGAUUACUAUGCCAUAUUUAUUUGAAAUCAACAGGAGAGCAAAGUCACAUCAUCUUAUAAUAUCAAACACUUUGUUUGACUGACUAUAUUACAGUAAUUACAUACUUUACUGUACUUGCUGACUGUACUUUAUUAAUCUGCAGGGCUGGCAUGACGGGUUGUAUUAUCUUCUCGCUAAGGGUGCCAACUGCUUGAUUGCUGAUAACUGUGGACGGCUUCCACUUCAUGCUGCUACAUAUUUUAGUAAUGAAUAGUAAGUUAACCUCUUUGUGUGUGUGCCUAAGCUGGUCUUAUAGCAAGGCUGCUGCCUAAUGGGCACCUACAAUUUGCUUGCGGAUGACUACAAUUUUAAACAUAAGGAGCCAGACUGAGCCAGAUGUUCAACUUUUCAUGAACCUAACUCCCUAAGUUUCGUUCCUCUCAUGAAAAUUUCAAUGUUUGGUCUUUAGGCCCAACUUAACUUCGCUGAAAUUUUACAUGAAAGUAUUGUCAGUCAGUGUCAAACACCGUAAGAGCAGAAAGUUAUUUUUCUUGAGAAUUAAAUAGUUUUCCCGACAUCCUUUCAAUUGAUGAAUAUUCAAAAAUGCUGGUUUCUCAAAACGCGCAACUUGUGACUCAAAAGUUGAUUCACUCAUCUUGAAAUUCAAAUGAAUUAUCGAGUUUCAAAAUGUGUGAAUUGAGGAUCGAGGGUCCCUACAGCUAGUGUCUGCUAUAAAGGGAGUUGGCUGUAGGUAAAAAAAACCUCCUGCUACUACAUUUGUAUUUUCUGUUUUUGGCUUGGGCUCCUAACAUUUUAUUUUAGGAGCCCAAAGGGCUCCCAAUAAAUUUUCCUAGGCAGCAGCCUUGAGAGAUGUAAAUCUUUGGCUGUGUGUCAUCUCUGUUUACAGUUGUAGCUGCAUAACAUUACUCUUAACUGCCACUUAUAAGCUUCCCCCCCCUCACAGACACACACACACACACAAAGAUAGAAGCGCCCCUAGAAAUGUAUUAAAAUGAUUUUGAUUUAUUAUGACAUUUUGAAGGUUUAUUAAAAACCAGUAAAUUGCAUGGUAAUCAUGUGAAUGCUCCUGCAAGUGAUACAACAGUCAUUAUUCAAUUCGCAAGCACACAUAAUUCAGGUAGUCAAGUACUGUACUAAACGUGAGACUUCGAUUCGCCUUGCCAAUCGGGAAUCUACUUACCCAGGAAAAUGAAAGUAGACCUGAUCUAAGCUUAGUGCGGGACAAGUUUUCGCUAAGAUACGAGAGUUAGCAAAGCCUAGAAAAUACAUUGUAUCCACUGAAGUUAAGUUUAUUCAGGUUUCACUACAGUGCAUGGUUUUCAUAAAUUCUUAAAAGCUUUCCAAGUAUGUUACGUCGCUUAUCGUCCAAAACCUUCAAUAAGCUUUAAACUCCAGUGGUAAACCAAGCUGUCUCAUUACGAAUUUUUUCUAUUGCUUAUCAACAGCCUUUGGUCAUUGAACAUGGAUUGAAUAUUCGAUUUAAUAAUAAGACUUUGUGCAGUAAUGCAUUACUUGUGUUGAACACAUUACUGUUUUAUUGUAUCUUUGCCUGCGAAUUCAGCCGUCUCUCAUUGGAGGCUAAUAGUAUCUAAGCAACUGUGAGUAAAAUCGUUAAAAUGAAAUAUGAGUCUUGUUUACUGUGUUAUUCAAUCCAGUUUCCACAUUCAUGAUCCACCAAGAUCCCUUUUGUUGACACUGGAACUAGAAGGGCUUUCUCUGAUUCACAUAUGCAAUUAUGAAAACAGUUUUCAAGGUAAACCCACAUGUUCGCCUGCACUUUCUAACCAACUGCAGUUUCUGCUAGGAAUAUUCAGGUUUCAACCCUUCUUGGAUAUAAGCCCCUCUAUAUGCACGUAAAAGCUCUCCUUUUAGUUAAACCCCCUACGAAAAUAUCUACAUGUAAACCCAGGCCUUAUAAGUGUCAGUUUACGGUAUUUGAAUGUUUUUAUUUUCUUUCUGCAGUUCCCUUGAAGUCCUUUUGCAGUACCUUUCAUUACAAGACAUAGAUGCCAGGGAUAAUGAAGUAUGUGAAUGUGCUCUUAUGGGUUAUCACACUGUAUAAGUACAGUUCUGUCUAGUUUUUGCAACUUUUUUUCUUGUGUCUCUCCUAGGGUAUGACUGCUCUUCACUGGGCAGCUUUCCAUGGACGAACAGGUCAUGUGAAGAAACUAGUGGAGAAGAAAGCUGAUCUGAUAUCACGUGACACAGAUGGAAAACUACCACUUCACUGGGCCUCACAGGUGUUUUUAAUAGCAUCAGAUAUAUUUUUUUCUUUAACAUUUGCUACUGUCUACAGACACUGACUUGAAGAGUCAACUUAUAGUACUGUAGCUGACUACAUGCAUAAUGUUGACUUCUUCCAAGUGACUGCCACACUCUACCAUCACCAUCACUUCCAUCUGACCUCAUGUUUGUUCCACCCCCUCUUACUUCUUUUGUCAUUAAUUACUUGCCUUAAUAUGCCACUACCACAUUGUACCAACUGUUAUAUGUACUGUAUUGCUGUGGAAGUGUGAUGGCUUAGAGAGGUUGAUAUGUUGAACUUUUAUAGGAUCUGUACAACGUGUUUGAGCCUAUCAUUGCCAUCAUGGAAUUUCCUCUGUUCCCCUGAGUCUCUCUAAUCUUCACCCUGCGGCUUUAUAAAGUUAAUGCUUAUGAUCAAAAUCCAUGGACCAUGAGUGAUGUUUGUGAUGCAUUCUCACACAACAAAUCAACACCCUUGCAUUUGCCUAAUAAGGACCAGCAGUAUACAAUAAUAUUUAAACAUUGUGCAGUAAUGACUACCACGAGAGAAAGGAUAAACAGUCCAAUCAUUCACAUACCACAAUAAACAAGAACGUGCUCACAGCUGCAUUCAGUCCCGCUUGCUUGGAGAUUAGAUGGAGAAAUGAGGAGGGGAUUAAUUCUACACAAAACAGGAUUUGCUCACUAUAGGUUUUUUACUUCCUACUUUAUUGACGUGGAUAGUUUUUACUUGUUUCUGAAUUGAUUUAGUACAGGUGUUAGCGACAACUGGAAAUACGUCUGCAGUCGCAGGCUAUAUGCAUGAUAAUAAUACACAAAAGUUUAAGGGCCUUGAUUCCAGAGAAAUUACGUCAUUGUCAGAGAUCAAAAAAGUGAUUUACAUGGCACGUCAUUUCAAUCAUUGCCGAAAAUAAACUUCAUUCUCGUCACAAGACCCAUAUAAGUUUACAACACCCGACCAGUGCAGUUUUGCUGAUUAAGAUUCUUUUUUUUUCCAUCUACUCAGUAGUGUUCACUUGUUCCAAAGUAAUCAACGCUUUGAAGCGAUAGAAUUUGUGGACCGACACGUUUCCGAAAAGCUCUUAAUUUAAUCUUUCCUAAACAUGUGUGACUUUGAUCACGCAACGAUUCAUAGCCCGAGUUUCCAUGGUCUCCGCUCGGAACGCCUGGCACAAUGAACCUCUAUUUGUGUAUAAGAUACGAACAAAAAUGCGAAAACGUAUUGCAGAUUAGGAAUCUUGCUGCUUGGGCAAGCAAGAGACUAAUAACAUCUUUCAUUAUCACUUAAAGAUGUUUUUUGGAUAUUUUUAGGUUGAGGCAUUUUUGAGAGAAAAAUGGUUACACCUAGAUCUAUUAAUUUAUAUUCAUUAAGAUAACAUUUUAUAAUAAUUCUAUUUUCAUAAGUGCCUUUUAUAUAAUGUUAAAUAUCAACAAGUCCAAUUUUUCUUCUUGACUAACUGGCUAACUACUGUAUAUUUAUGUCCUUGUUGCUUUAAAUGCACAGAAUGGCUUUGUUUCAACUUGUGAAGCCAUGUUAGAGGUUCCUGAUUGCCAUAACCUAGUGAAUGGAAAAGAUUUCUCUGGAAGAACACCGAUUCAUUUAGCAGCAGCUGCAGGGCAAUACCAUGUGCUUAUCAGACUCACUGCAGUGCCAUAUGCAAACAUUGAACCUUUGGACAAUGAGGGCAGGUAUUACUUAAAAUUCAUUGCAUACAUUGUAAAUAAGUGUUUACCUGUGAAGCACGUAGGAGUUCUUAAGAAUUCAUUUAAACAUGUCUGUGUGUUCCACAUUGAAUUGGAAGUUGGACAUGUUUGUUUUUGAGGAGAUGGGAAAACCAGAGUACCUAGAAAAAAAACCUUUCGAAGCAUGGGGAGAGAACCAACUUACAAACUCAAACCACACACAUGUAUGGUGUCAACACUGGGUUUUGAACCCAGAAUACUUUGAUAGGAGGGAAGGGCUAAAAAAUAAUCCCAUUUGGUAGUCCUAGUGGAUUUUCCUACUGGGAAAGUAUUUAAAGCUUACAGGGUGCCCGAUGGGGAAGGGAUCCAGCAGGCCAGUCAUCCUCUAACUUAUCAUUUAACAAAGGUGAGUAAGAAGUAGCCUCAGGUAAGUAUAAUGUGAGAGCUGCUUGCCAAAUGAGCCCUGGAGGCGAAUGCUCUCACCACUGUGCCACCCUUGCUUUCAUAAGACAUUGGUUUCAUGAAUCCAACCUCUGGCUUAUUCUAUAUUUUUGGUUUUAACUAUCA